UUGUCUUAGAGUGUUGUUUAUCAAGCUACUGAUCCUUUGUUUUGGCAGAAUCCCAUUAAUUUCAUUUGCCUAAAUUAGCAAUCUUAGUGAGAUUCGACUGCUUUGAAACCCACAUCAAAUCAAGUCUCCAAGAAGUAAGCAAAAAACUCAAAUAUUGAUGGUAGACCCAUUUGGACCUACCACCUGUCUCCCUCUUCCCCCCUUCUUUUUUCAUUCUCUCCUCUGUCUAUCUAUGCUCUUCUGCUAGGUUGUUUCAUGGAAUUGGUAAUGGCUGAUCAAGGAGGUAAAAGUGUAAUUAGGGAAUACAGGAAAGGUAACUGGACAUUGAGUGAGACAAUGGUAUUGAUUGAGGCAAAGAGGAUGGAUGAUGAGAGAAGAAUGAAGAGGACGGGGGAAGGGGAAGGGAGGAGCAAGCCAACAGAGCUGAGAUGGAAAUGGGUGGAGGACUAUUGUUGGAGAAAGGAGUGUUUUAGGAGCCAGAACCAGUGUAAUGACAAGUGGGAUAAUCUCAUGAGGGAUUACAAGAAAGUAAGGGAGUAUGAAAAGAGAAUAUCUGAGAGAAAAGAAGGGAAUGAUGGUGGUUCUUAUUGGAAGAUGGAGAAAAAUGAAAGGAAGGAGAAGAACUUGCCAAGCAACAUGUUGCCUCAGAUAUAUGAAGCUUUGGUGGAGGUGGUGGAGAUGAAAGGGGGUCAAAGGGUGGCGAUUGGAGCUGUUGGGUCAGGUACCAAUCCCAACAUUGGAUUUGUUAAGGAAAGACCCAUGAGAAAUGUUCAACCUUCACCGUCUCCUCUAUUGCAACAUCAAAUCUCGGUUCCUAUUCCUGCGGUGGUUUUGCCACUUCCAGCUCCACCACCACCACCACCACAACCAGCCGUGACAGUUGCCUUGGUACCACCACAAGCACAACCAGUUCCUCUUCCAUACUCUCAUCCUUUGCCCACAGUGUGUGAUAGCUCAGAUUCUGAUACAAAUGAGUACUCGGACUCACCAGCAAAGAGAAGAAGAAAAGGAGGUAAUGGGGAAGGCACUAGUACGGCUGCUACUGCAGCAGCAGGCACCACCCAUGAAGUGGGCACUGCCAUCUCGAAAAGUGCUUCCAUUAUAGCAGAAGCCCUCCACGCCUGCCAGGAGAGAGAAGAAAGAAGACACAGAGAUCUUUUAAGCAUGCAUGAGAGAAGAAUCAGGAUUGAAGAAUCCAAGAUAGAGAUCAGCAGGGAAGGCAUUAAUGGCUUGGUUGAUGCCGUCAACAAGCUUGCCAAUUCCAUCCUUGCUUUAGCUUCCCACAAUAACCAAUCUGCUCCAAAAUGACUCAAGAAACAACAACACUCUAUCCAUUCCCAUCUUCAGAACAUUCAGAGAGCUCAAUGUACAUAACAAUUGGUAAACCCCAUUCAUGCUUGUGCUUUAUUUCCAUUAAAGAUCAUUCUAAUUAUAUAUCUUUAGCUUUGUGAUCUCUUUCAUGUCAUGUGCUUUAAACCAUCUUUGAUAAUAUAAGCUAAUUGCUGUA